UUCCCUGGCGUGGGGCACGUCCUCUCGCUGGUCCCAGAUGUCCAGUACCAGAUGCCUGGUCUCAGAGUGGGGAAAUAACCACUGGAGAAGCCCCCACUCCACAAGCUGCCCAGGCAAGAUGUGGUGGCUACUCCUCUGGGGAGUCCUCCAGGUUUGCCCCACGCAGGGCUCUGUGCUCUUGGCCCAACAGCUACCGCAGCAGCUGACAUCCCCCGGGUAUCCGGAGCCAUAUCUCAAAGGCCAAGAGAACUCCACUGACAUCGAGGCUCCAGAGGGCUUUGCCGUGAGGCUUGUCUUCCAGGACUUCGACCUGGAGCCGUCCCAGGACUGUGAGCAGGACUCCGUCACAGUGAGCUUCACCAGUGGGAUGGAUCCAAGUCGGUUCUGUGGGCAGCAGGGAUCCCCGCUGGGCAGCCCCCCUGGUCAGAAGGAGUUUGUGUCCCUGGGGAACCGAUUGCGGCUGACUUUCCGAGCACCUGCCUCCUCUCAGGACAGGACCACUGGCCUCCACAAGGGCUUCCUGGCCUUCUACCAAGCCGUGGGUGUGAACCACAGUCAGCCCAUCAGCCCGGCCAGGGAAGCCUCUGAGGCCACCAGCACACCUGGAGACAACCCCUCCAAGAUCCAGAGCCACUGCCAGGAGCCCUAUUAUCAGGCCGUGCCAGCAGGGACACUCACCUGCACACCCCAGGGCCCCUGGAAGGAGACGCAAGACAGGGAGGAGCUUCCUCACUGCAUACCGGUCUGUGGCCGGCCGGUCACCCCCAUCGCCCAGAACCAGGAGGCCCUGGGUUCCUCCAGAGCCAAGUUGGGCAACUUCCCCUGGCAAGCUUUCACCAAUAUCUACGGCCGCGGGGGCGGGGCCCUGCUGGGCGACAGGUGGAUCCUCACGGCCGCCCACACCAUCUAUCCCAAGGACGGCAUCUUUCUCGGGAAGAACCGGAGCGUGGAUGUGUUCCUGGGCCACACAAGCAUAGACGAGAUGUUGCGGCUGGGGAGCCACCCUGUGCGCCGCGUGGUGGUGCACCCGGACUACCGCCAGCACGAGUCCCGCAGCUUCGACGGGGACAUCGCGCUCCUGGAGCUGCGGCGCAGCGUGCGGCUGGGCCCCAGCCUGCUCCCGGUCUGUCUGCCCGAGCGCCAGGCCCUCUACCGCAGCGGCGUGUGGGGCUACGUCAGUGGCUUCGGAGUGGACAGGGGCUGGUUAACCACCCAGCUGAAAUACUCCAGGCUGCCCGUGGCCCCGCGCGCCGCCUGCCAGGCCUGGCUCCAAGAGAAGCAGAGGUCUGAGGUGUUUUCUGCCAACAUGUUCUGUGCUGGGGAUAAGAUGAGGCAGCAGAAUGUCUGCCAGGGGGACAGCGGUGGCGUCUAUGUGGUAUGGGAUGAGCGCGCCCAUCACUGGGUGGCCACGGGCAUAGUCUCCUGGGGCGUGGGCUGUGGCCAGGGCUAUGGCUUCUACACCAAAGUGCUCAACUACCUGGACUGGAUCAAGGGAGUGAUGGAGGGGAAGGACUGA